AUGCCGCGUAAUAAUAGAAGAAAAACGAAACGUGACGGGUGGUUGGAAGACUCUAUGAUUAAAGCACUGGAUGCUGUAAAACGUAAAAGAAGAAAAGGUAAAGAAGUAUCCAAUAAGAGGAAGAAAACUUCUUAUAUUCUCGAGUCUGAGCCAUCUGAAGAAGAAGAAGAUACAGAAUGUCUACUUUGCACGGAAACAUUUUCCAAGGAUAACAUGGGUGAUUUACGAAUAAAAUGUUGUGAAUGUCAAAAAUGGGGUCAUCUUGUGCAGGGA